UAUGACAAAUGUCAGAGCCAACCUGAUAGUUCUGAGCCCACCUGUAAACAAAUAAUUUCAGACCGGACACCACCUGCUCGAAAUGCUCUAAAGCCAUGAAUUCUGGAGAGGAUAGAGACUCCAUCACAUGUAAUCCAUGCUCAAGUGUUAACCGGCUAUGAGCCACGAGCUAUCAACCGCAUCCCUGAUCAAACUGAUCUCGUUCUUAUUGUGGAACUGGAUGUACUUCUUAACGGUAGAAUACGCGCCGAACAAGAAUCCAGAAUGGUGUUCAAGGGUGAUAACGUUGAUACACGCUAGCGUUGCCAUUGCUGGCGGCCUCACGCAAUGCAAGUGGCGAGAAUUGACGCCAUGGCAUUUAACUAGGAGGCUAUUGCCAUGCCAAUACAUGUUGAUGGUGUGGUCUUGGGGCUACUUUGCGUUCGACCUGCUGUGGUGCUUGAUUUACAAUGAAAGCUUCACGAUGCUUUGUCACCACACCGCCGCCCUCGUUGCCAUCACCAGAUACAUGCAAAAACAGCACACAGGAUGCACGUUCGCUUGUACGCUAGUACUUUUGGAGCUUACGAAUCCUUUUCUGCAGAUACGAUGGUUCCUCAAGCAUGAAGGCUACGGGAACUCGUACUUAUAUUUCGCAGUAGAAGUGACAUACCUCCUGCUGUUUCUCAUUCUACGAGGACUUCUGGGCACCUACUUGAUAUUCGAGAUCUUCAGAACGGACUACUUCGACUGGGAAGGCAGGAUCCUGUCGGUUAUAUUCUAUGUUGUGUCUAUGGCCUUUGUGUACGACAUAGCUGGGUAUAUCCGCUACAAAUAUAAGAAUGAAAUCGAUGAAUUCAGACAAUUCUACUAUGCAACACAAAUACCAAAUGACUGGGACAGAUCAAAUCAACUAACACAGGCUGAAAUUUUAGACACAUUAUAGUCAGUGAAAUAAUAUGGUUUAAUUAAAAAAAAAAACUAUCCGUAUGUAACAGUUGUAACAACAAUAUCUAUGAUGUUGUUUGUCAGUCAUAACCAGCAAAGUUUACAGAAAAGGAGUUUGGUACAAAAAUCGCUAUUAAACAAAUGAAAAUUUAAAUAUAGAAACAAAUA